AUGGGCGGGAUGAGUGCAUGGGCGGGGAUGAGUGCAUGGGCGGGGAUGAGUGCAUGGGCGGGGAUGAGUGCAUGGGCGGGGAUGGUUGCAUGGGCGGUGGAUGGUUGCAUGGGCGGGGAUGGUUGCAUGGGCGGGGAUGUAGUGCAUGGGCGGGGGAUGGUGCAUGGGCGGGAUGAGUGCAUGGGCGGGGAUGUUGCAUGGGCGGGGAUGAGUGCAUGGGCGGGGAUGAGUGCAUGGGCGGGGAUGAGUGCAUGGGCGGGGAUGAGUGCAUGGGCGGGGAUGAGUGCAUGGGCGGGGAUGAGUGCAUGGGCGGGAUGGUUGCAUGGGCGGGGAUGGUUGCAUGGGCGGGAUGAGUGCAUGGACGCGGGGAUGAGUGCAUGGGCGGGGAUGAGUGCAUGGGCGGGGAUGAGUUGCAUGGGCGGGGAUGGUUGCAUGGGCGGGGAUGGUUGCAUGGGCGGGGAUGAGUGCAUGGGCGGGGAUGUGCAUGGCGGGGAUGAGUGCAUGGGCGGGGAUGAGUGCAUGGGCGGGGAUGAGUGCAUGGGCGGGGAUGAGUGCAUGGGCGGGGAUGAGUGCAUGGGCGGGGAUGAGUGCAUGGGCGGGGAUGAGUGCAUGGGCGGGGAUGGUUGCAUGGGCGGGGAUGGUUGCAUGGGCGGGGAUGGUUGCAUGGGCGGGGAUGAGUGCAUGGGCGGGGAUGAGUGCAUGGGCGGGGAUGAGUGCAUGGGCGGGGAUGGUUGCAUGGGCGGGGAUGGUUGCAUGGGCGGGGAUGGUUGCAUGGGCGGGGAUGAGUGCAUGGGCGGGGAUGAGUGCAUGGGCGGGGAUGAGUGCAUGGGCGGGGAUGGUUGCAUGGGCGGGGAUGAGUGCAUGGGCGGGGAUGGUUGCAUGGGCGGGGAUGAGUGCAUGGGCGGGGAUGGUUGCAUGGGCGGGGAUGAGUGCAUGGGCUGGGAUGAGUGCAUGGGCGGGGAUGAGUGCAUGGGCGGGGAUGAGUGCAUGGGCGGGGAUGGUUGCAUGGGCGGGGAUGAGUGCAUGGGCGGGGAUGAGUGCAUGGGCGGGGAUGAGUGCAUGGGCGGGGAUGAGUGCAUGGGCGGGGAUGAGUGCAUGGGCGGGGAUGAGUGCAUGGGCGGGGAUGAGUGCAUGGGCGGGGAUGAGUGCAUGGGCGGGGAUGAGUGCAUGGGCGGGGAUGGUUGCAUGGGCGGGGAUGGUUGCAUGGGCGGGGAUGGUUGCAUGGGCGGGGAUGAGUGCAUGGGCGGGGAUGGUUGCAUGGGCGGGGAUGGUUGCAUGGGCGGGGAUGAGUGCAUGGGCGGGAUGAGUGCAUGGGCGGGGAUGAGUGCAUGGGCGGGGAUGAUGCAUGGCGGGGAUGAGUGCAUGGGCGGGGAUGGUUGCAUGGGCGGGGAUGGUUGCAUGGGCGGGGAUGAGUGCAUGGGCGGGGAUGAGUGCAUGGGCGGGGAUGGUUGCAUGGGCGGGGAUGAGUGCAUGGGCGGGGAUGAGUGCAUGGGCGGGGAUGAGUGCAUGGGCGGGGAUGAGUGCAUGGGCGGGGAUGAGUGCAUGGGCGGGGAUGGUUGCAUGGGCGGGGAUGAGUGCAUGGGCGGGGAUGGUUGCAUGGGCGGGGAUGAGUGCAUGGGCGGGGAUGGUUGCAUGGGCGGGGAUGGUUGCAUGGGCGGGGAUGAGUGCAUGGGCGGGGAUGAGUGCAUGGGCGGGGAUGGUUGCAUGGGCGGGGAUGAGUGCAUGGGCGGGGAUGAGUGCAUGGGCGGGGAUGAGUGCAUGGGCGGGGAUGAGUGCAUGGGCGGGGAUGAGUGCAUGGGCGGGGAUGGUUGCAUGGGCGGGGAUGGUUGCAUGGGCGGGGAUGAGUGCAUGGGCGGGGAUGAGUGCAUGGGCGGGGAUGGUUGCAUGGGCGGGGAUGGUUGCAUGGGCGGGGAUGGUUGCAUGGGCGGGGAUGAGUGCAUGGGCGGGGAUGAGUGCAUGGGCGGGGAUGAGUGCAUGGGCGGGGAUGGUUGCAUGGGCGGGGAUGAGUUGCAUGGGCGGGGGAUGGUUGCAUGGGCGGGGAUGAGUGCAUGGGCGGGGAUGGUUUGCAUGGGCGGGGAUGGUUGCCAUGGGCGGGGAUGA